AUGCCAACCAAGUCGCCCAUUUCCGUUCUACCUUCAGAAAUGGUCUCUCAAGCCCAAGUCCUCGAUCGCUCUAUGCCCGCGCAAGGCGCUCCCUCGACAGUAUCGCGUCACUCCCAGACCAGUCGGCGACACCGUUCUAGUCGCUCUCAUCAUGGUGGACCAGUCCACCAGCCUCAGAAUGAUUUCCCCAUUUUCACACAUACUGGCGAUGUCGAGAUCGUGAUUCGCGCCGGCGGUCGGGAAAAUCGAUAUCUCCUACACCGGCUUAUCCUCACACAAUGCUCGGGGUUCUUUGAGGCUAGCACUCGGGAAGAGUGGCCACAACAACCUCUCUCCAGUCGGCCCUCUAACAAUCUGGAUUCAACUGCUUUGUCGAGGAUCAGUGGGGAUACUUCAUCACUUUCCAAUGGAUCAACUCUGGCUCAAUCCGAGGUCGGUGCCGCUCAAUCUUCGUCCGAGAAGAAACGGUGGCGAUACGAGUUGGACUGGGAAAACAAAGCAGAGGAUGAAGAGCCAAUUCUGGUGCAAAAG